GACUCGGGUCAGAGUUCAAACUAGGGUCAUGGUUCAAGAAUCAUGGCAGCUACUGAGAUACGAGGAGAGCUAAAAUACAGGGAUGGCCUGACGAAAGAGAUUAUCAUAAAAACAGAAAACAACCUGACUUCUAUGAUAGUGGGGAUUAAGAAAUUAAACGCAGACGUAUCGAGGGUUCUCACUGAUCUCGUUGUACAAGAACAAUUUUGCGGAGGAAAUGACAAGGGGGAUUUGCAAGUCGAUGAUGAUGGAGAGGAGGAGGAUGAUGAUGGUGGUGAUGAUGAUGAAGAAGACACAAACACAAAAGCCCCUAUUAUGCAGCCUCCUGCAAAGCGGUCAAAGACCUUGAGGGCCUGACGACACAAGGGCUCUGUCCCAAAUGGCACCCUUAUCCUUAUAUAGUUCACUUCUUUUGACCAGGGCCCAAGUAGUGCACUAGGUAGGGAAUAGGGUGCCAUUUGGGAUUUAAGAGGACCCACUGUAGGAUAUCCUGUCAGAGAAGGGUGGUCCUGGCAUACAAGACUGGAGGACAUGUUGCGGGGACACUGUUUUGGGGGCAGAUAUGCCAGCCUUUAUUAUUCAUUUCCACUCAUGUAUGGUAUUGCUCCUGCCUUGGCAAUCAUUGCAGUUAUGAUCUACAUCUUUCUCUUGUUAUGCUUGACAAUUGAAAUGUUUGUUUUGAACAUUUGUGUAAAUGUCAAUCAUUUUUAAGUGGAAUGUGUUUCGUAGAAAUUUAGUUAAAAUGGCCAUUCAUUGGAUAAUAGAACAGCACUGUCCCCCCCCAGCAUUUGCUUGCUUUAAGAAAUUACAUGAAGUCUGCAGACAUUUUCCCAUAACAUGUUUAAUUUUCUUACAAUCCAGGCCUUAUUUUAAUCACAGUGCAUUUAGAUUUGAAAGGCAAUAAAAAUCAGAAGCACCAA